GGAAUUUGUUGCCAUAGCUCCAGCGAGGGACAGGGUGGAUUAACAAUGGCCUUUUUCACGAGUGCGGCUUUCACCACAACCUGCCUGUCCCCGCGCCACAGGCCAUCAUAGCGCCAGUCCAGAGCACAGCAAUUAUCAGGGAACAACCGCCCAGAGGGGACAAGAGGAGGCUGGGGGGGAAUAAAGCAAGGACACCCAGCACCUUGGAUCUCUGCCUAUUCAAUCACUGGGACACGACCAGCUCCUCUGAGCGUAUCUUCAAGCUUAACCUUUGGUCAAGUGCUUCGGUACAUCCAGAGAGGGACAGUUUCACCCUGUGACUCGAAAGAACUCCAAAGGGAAGAGAGGACUCCAGACAGCAAGGGAAGGAGAUCAAGAGCAGACAUGGUAGGCCAUCAGGACUGCACCAUGGAAGAGGCCACCAGGGACAGCCACACUCCCAAACUCUGGCGCGAGACCCUGACCGCACCUGCCCCAUUUGCAGAUGAAACCAGCUGCCAGUGCCAAGCACCCCACGAGAAACUGACCAUUGCUCAGGCCCGCUUAGGAACACCAGUUGACAGGCCCGUCAGAGUGUACGCGGAUGGAAUAUUUGACCUCUUCCAUUCCGGUCACGCAAGGGCACUUAUGCAAGCAAAAACACUGUUUCCCAACAGCUACUUGUUGGUUGGAGUUUGCAGUGAUGACCUUACCCACAAAUUCAAAGGUUUCACCGUGAUGAACGAAGCAGAGAGAUAUGAAGCUCUCAGACACUGUCGCUAUGUGGAUGAAGUCAUUAGAGAUGCUCCAUGGACACUCACUCCAGAAUUUCUGGAAAAACACAAGAUUGACUUUGUGGCGCAUGAUGACAUUCCCUACUCUUCUGCGGGCUCUGAUGAUGUUUACAAGCAUAUAAAGGAAGCAGGAAUGUUUGUUCCAACGCAGAGAACGGAAGGCAUCUCAACAUCAGACAUCAUCACCAGAAUCGUCCGUGACUAUGAUGUCUAUGCCCGACGCAACCUCCAGAGAGGGUACACGGCCAAGGAACUAAAUGUCAGCUUUAUAAAUGAGAAGAAGUACCGUUUCCAAAACCAGGUAGACAAGAUGAAGGAAAAGGUCAAGAAUGUGGAGGAAAGAUCAAAGGAAUUUGUUAACAGAGUGGAAGAAAAGAGUCAUGAUCUAAUUCAAAAGUGGGAAGAGAAGUCGAGGGAAUUCAUUGGCAACUUCCUGGAGCUGUUUGGGCCUGAUGGCGCAUGGAAGCAGAUGUUCCAGGAGAGGAGUAGCCGGAUGCUGCAGGCCUUGUCCCCGAAGCAGAGCCCUGUGAGCAGCCCCACAAGGAGCCGGUCCCCCUCCCGCUCCCCGUCGCCCACCUUCUCGUGGCUCCCGAACAAGGCCUCACCCCCAUCCUCGCCCAAAGCAGCCUCAGCCUCCAUCAGCAGCAUGAGUGAGGGGGAUGAGGAUGAGAAGUAAAGGGUGCUGGCAGACAGCAAGGGCCACACCACACAGGCUGGGGCGAGGGUGGGGUCACCGGGAACGCCUGGGUGGGGUUGGAAGGGUAAUGGUUGCAGGAGCUGCAGCUCAGCUAAGGGAAGGCCUGGAGACCAGCUCUCCCUCAGCCUCCACUCAGCCUAAGACUUGGGCUCUGCAUGGAGGUUUCCAGCCGGACAACCUUGACAAACCUUCUUAGCAGCAUCUAGAACCACUCCACUUUAACCUCGCUAAGAAAAGGUGCAGAGCACCCCCAGGAGACUUGCACUGAGUGGGGUGUCUUCUGCUUUGGUCCUUACACCCACCCCUAUCAAGUACACCACCCAUGGAAGCGGCUGUUCCCUCAAUCUGCUACUUCCAGCUCAUAAGGGCCCUGCACGUUGCCUCCUACCACCCAAGCUCUGCCAGAAUAAAGCUGUUUCCGAUAGAGGUGGCAAAGUGCUUCUGAAGUAGUCCAGUUCAAGAGAAACUCCAGUCUUCUCAGCAUAGCCCCCGAGACCUGAUGUUGCAACACAUCGAUUCUUUCCAGUUCUAGGAAUGUGGUGCAUAGACGAAGACAUGCUUUGGCCACAUAUAUAAAAGGUCAUCUAGCAUGAACCGUAACUUCCUAUUCAGAGGACACUUGUGUCAAGGAGAAUGCCAUGUAAGGCCUAAUAUGUCCUGCCUAAUAUGUCCUGGCUGUCCUUUUCUCAUCAUUGGUUUGACUUCAUGGUUUCCAGAAAUUACCUUAAUCUGUGGGAAAUGCAACAAAGAAAAACAUUAUAUAUAUAUAUAUAUAUAUAAUGGAGGAACUGCUUUGCUUUGGCUCCAAGUUUAGCAGAUGGCAGAUGUCUCCUUAAAGGAUGCUAACUACCGAAUGGCUUUUCCCAUUUCUGACCAGUUAACGAUUUCAUAGGCCUCAAGUGAACAGUUCGAUGUACCAAACCACAUAGUAUACCCGUAGGGGUGCUACUGCACGUGUCUGUUCUAUGUAUCUCCCAAUAUGCUAUCCAGGGUGUGUAUCAUACGCAAUAUGAAUAUAUGGUGGUAGCCUUUUACGAUAUACGCUCUUGUGCUCCCCUAACACCCCGCUGCAAUCCUGGGUCUCAAGGACUGCCUGGUUCCCUUGUGACGUGGGCACUUUGUCAAAAACGCAUCCUGGAUCCCCGUACAAAUGUCUUGUCCCGACCAGGAAACAAGUAUGUUGUUCUCAUGGCCUCCCAUAAUGUUUUGAGGUGGAGGGAGGCCCCGGAGGGUUCCCCAGAGCACCGUGGGAACCUCAGUUUGACCUCCGCAUUGAAAUGGCCUAGGUGGUUAUGUAGUUACCCCCGGCCCUAGGUUUUGCCAGAUGGGAUGAAGAGCCUAAGCACUCCUGCUGAGUUGUUUGAAGUUGCUCUCCACUAACAGGUAGGAAAGGAGCAGGUAUAGUCAGGGCGUAGAACCACGCUCUCAGGUAGACGAGGCCCUGCCCGUCUGUCAGAGAAGCCAGAGGCCCGAAGCAGCCGCUGUGGGCAGAGCUCAGCAUGUCUCGUGGCAGAAACACCGCCUUUCAGAAGCCCUGGGAGCUAGCCUUGUGGUGACAAGUGGGGCAACCGAGGAAGGAAGGUGGCAUGUCUUUCCCCCUCGUGUCGGGGUCGAACUACCUCCCCGCGCACCUGGAGCUAAGUGGUGUUGACGGGGAAGCAAAAGCACGCGGCCGGCUGGCGGGGGCCCCGUUCCCGGCCGGCUCUGCAGAGUUCCGCUGGGCACCCGCGUGGGGACAAGAGCGCUGGCCGGAGGGCGGCCCGCGAGGACGCGUCGGUCAGUGGCCCAGGCCGAGAGCGCUGCUCAGCGCAGGGAGCCAGGCCUCGGGUUUCCGUCUGGCCCUUUGGCCCGAGCGCCGGGGCGGAGGCCUGGCUCCGGACCCGCCCGCGGGCAGUGCGAGGAGGAGCACAGCCAGGCAGGGCGACGUGGGGGAACGAGGGACGAAGAGAGGAGCCGAGGCGGCCUGGAGAGAGCGACGGCCGUUACCGAAAGUCUGUGCCCCCAGAGCAUGUUGGGGCCUCGCUGUCAGGGCAGCCGGAGGGGAGGGCCUCCUGGUGCUUGUUCCACGGCCCAGGGCGGACAGACCCACUGUCACCCGGCCGAGCCUGCGGCGGGUCGCGCGGGCUCCACCGGCCGGUUCCGUGGUGGCAGGCCUUACACCCCACGUACCACAGGCGCCACUUACGGGAUUCGACUCGGGCCACCCGAGCUGCCGGUGAUGGGGAUGAGCGACACCUGGUGUAUCCCGGGGACGCGCCGAAGCCCCCCGCAAGCCACCCUAACUCUCCCCCUGUGUGCGCCGAUACCUCCCCGCUGUCCUGAGGCCCCGAGACCACGGACAGGAGUGGGGGCGGGGAUUCUGCAGCCCAGCCUGUGCCGCUUCGGGCCAUCAGGGUCCCCCCCCCCCACGCUUCCUAGGAGAAGGCGGGGGUGCCCCUCGUUUGGGUCAACCAGCCAACAGCCAGGGCCACGAGAGAGUCAGGGCUCGGGUGUGAGAUGUACAAAUGAUGCGCGGGCCCGGAGAGACGAGCGGAAACGCCGGGGGGCAGGGAGGGGUCCCUCGUGCCCUGGAAAGGGAGGGAGGCUUGGGCGAGGACUGCAGAGCAGCGCUGAGGAGGAUGGCAGAGGGGGCAGGUGACGGCCCGGUGCGAACAGAGGGGGAGCAGUGACUUUCUGCUCCCUUUCAAAGCGUUGCUCACCCCCUCACAGGUGAGGAAGAAAGGCUUCCUUCCACGGCCACCCAAGGGCAGUGUGGGUGGUGGGGUGUGGGUGUCCGCCCCGGAGCCCCCCGCCCCACUGCAUCGGCUGCCACAUCCUCAUCCCAGGGCCCUGAAGUCAAACGUUCGCUCUUCUACCAGCUAAAAACCCAGGGAGCUCUAACCUCCUGGUCCCACUGAGCGGCCUGUUGCCGGGAAGCCGCUCCGUGUGCCAGGACCUUAGAGAAGUGAAGGAAACCCACUGCGAGAGGGGAGCCCCUGAGACCCGAGGCUGCCUUCCGACCUGCUCUGUGGGCGUGCAGUCCUGCUCCGGGCCUCGGGCUGUAGUCACUGUGAGUCCAUCCCUUGACGGAGGGACGGGAAGAGUGUGCGUUUGUUUUCUCUUCAUCUUCAGGACUGAUAUAGCGCCAGGCACACCCCAGAGAGACGCGCAAUGGGGUCACAGACUCCGCUGAAUCAGAUGAGCCCCUUUGGAGCAGAGAUGUUCCUGUUCCUCGGGCAUCCAUUCAGCACUAGUCUUGGCCAUCAGACUUAAAAAAAAAAAAAAGAAAGAAAGAAAGAAAGAAAAGAAAAAAAGAAUAAGCUCAUGAGGCAUUUGCAACUUCUACUUCUCUCUA